AUGAAUGAUGAAGACUACAGCACCCUCUAUGACACAAUCCAAAAUGAGAGGACGUAUGAGGUUCCAGACCAGCCAGAAGAAAAUGAAGGUCCUCAUUAUGAUGAUGUCCAUGAAUACUUAAGGCCAGAAAAUGAUUUCUAUGCCACUCAGUUGAAUACUCAUGAGUAUGAUUUUGUGUCAGUCUGUACCAUGAAGGGUGAAGAGAGCAGCCUGGCCUCUGCCCAGUCAGAAGACAGAGGCUAUCUCCUGCCUGAUGAGACAUACUCUGAGGUUCAGGAGGGUCAGCUGGGUGAGCCCCAGGAGGACAGGGGCAUCUCAAUGGAAGAAUUAUAUUCACCAACCCAGGACCAGCAGCCCUGCCCAGAGACGCUCCGGGAGAAUGGGAGUGUGAUGAAGGAAGACCUGCCUUCUCCUUCAAGCUUCACCAUUCAGCAUAGUAAUGCCUUCUCUACCAGGAAGUAUACCGCCACCUCCUAUUCUGAUGCUGACGGUUUGGAAGAAAAUAAAGCAGCUCGCAUGGACCCUGAGAUUUGCCUCUUUGUGAAGGCUGGAACUGAUGGCGAAAGCAUCGGCAACUGUCCUUUCUCUCAGCGCCUCUUCAUGAUUCUCUGGCUGAAAGGAGUCGUGUUCAAUGUCACCACUGUGGAUCUGAAAAGAAAGCCAGCGGACCUGCACAACCUGGCCCCCGGCACGCACCCGCCCUUCCUGACCUUCAACGGGGAUGUGAAAACAGAUGUCAAUAAGAUCGAAGAGUUCCUGGAGGAGACCUUGACCCCUGAAAAGUACCCCAAACUGGCUGCAAAACACCGCGAAUCCAACACAGCAGGCAUUGAUAUCUUCUCCAAGUUCUCUGCCUACAUCAAAAACACCAAGCAGCAGAACAAUGCCGCGCUUGAGAGAGGCCUAACCAAGGCUCUAAAGAAACUGGAUGACUACCUGAACACCCCUCUACCAGAGGAGAUUGACGCCAACAUUUGCGGGGAAGACAAGGGGUCGCGGCGCAAGUUCCUGGAUGGGGAUGAGCUGACCCUGGCUGACUGCAAUCUGUUGCCCAAGCUCCACGUGGUCAAGAUUGUGGCCAAGAAAUACCGCAACUAUGAUAUCCCGGCUGAGAUGACAGGCCUGUGGCGGUACCUCAAGAAUGCCUAUGCCCGGGACGAGUUCACCAACACCUGUGCAGCUGACAGUGAGAUUGAGCAGGCCUACGCCGAUGUCGCCAAACGCCUCAGCCGAUCCUGAGCACAGCCAUUGCCCCCUGUCCCCGCUGCAGGACUCAACCGCUCCCCUAAGACUCCAGCUUCACACCCUCUUCCUCACUGCCUUGGGACGCACUUUUUGUAAUCAAGCCUCAUCUUGCUGGCAUCGUGGGAACUCCAGCCUGCUCUCUUUCACGUAGGUCAGCACCAUCGCUGGCCUCCUCACAUAGGAAUCUAGCCGAAAUGAUAGACACAGUCCACCUCUCGGCCUGGGUUCUGAUCUGGGUACAGCAUGUUUGGGGUCAGUCAGUGUUGGAGAGCCCACAUAUGGGAUCACCACUGGCUCCUUCUGCCAAUAUCAAAAUACCUUCUCAGAUGCUCUAGAAACAUGCAACACCAGCUGCUUUUCUACCCUCCUCUCCAUCCAUACCUGCAAGACCAAGGACAAACACCAUCUUCAUCCUUCUUAGAAAGAGAUCCAUUGCCCCAUUAGGAGAGGACCGAGCUGGCUAUGGGCUUGGGCGUCUGGCAAACGCAGCUUCCGUCUCACUACUUCUCACACUCCUGUUAUUGGGCACUAAGGGACAGAUUGGAAAGUCACUUGAGACACACUCUCAGUUUGCUGCAGUGCCAGGAAGUGCUCAGCUGCUGCUGUGCACCUGGCCCAUGCUGUCCCUGGCUUCCAUACUGUUCAGGCCCUGCCAGGAGAGGAAAUUGGCAUGCAAUUCUAAACUGCAGUGACUGGGGAUGGGAGAGGAGGAGAGCAGUGUUGAUGCCAAAAGGCCCACAGGGUCUACCAGCCAUGGGGUUUGCUUGCAUAGUUAGGAGUAGUUGUUUCAGUGCUGAUUACAUGCCUGGGUUUGACUGUGCUUACCAAUGAGUGGCUUUUGAUCCAAGAGAAAGUGGAUGGGAAUGGGAGGAGGAGGGAUGGGUGAAGACAAAGGAGUUCUUUAUGAGGCUCGAUGUUCCCUGGUAAACUUCUUAAAAGGCUUUCUCUCAUGAUCUAAGUCUUGGAUUGGUGGUGUCAAGUAACUGCUAACCUUACAGUAAAAACCCAAGAAUGGGCCAAAAAUGUCUUCCUGGUUUCUCCCAGCUGCUUCUGGAAUGCAGGUCUGUUGGCUGGGUGCUCUCCAGCAGCUGCUCCUGCCUGAUUCGCCUGCAGCCUCUAAAGGGUGAGAGCCACAUUUAGGAGGUGGCCUGAUCAUGGACCGCCUUAGGAAGAAAGUCUAUGAGCCUUUCUGACUAAGAAACCAUGUGGUUUGAACUUGAAGAAAAAUAUAGACCCAUCUGGGUUAAUCUUCCUGCAGUCAGAUACAACUGCCAGAUUAAAAAAAAAAAAAAAAAAAAAAAAAAAAAAAAAAAAAAAAGAAUAAUUUUUAAGCUAAUAUUUUACUGUUUUGUCAUUCUCCUUGAGUUUCACCUCCUAAAAAGCUUACUCGGCCCAAGCUUGGGGACUCAUGCAGAGGAAACCAAGAAAAAUGUACUCAUCAACUACCUCUCCCAGUGAACGCCCAGUGAGAAAAUUCAUUUGCCGCAGGCCCUUACCCUCAACAAUCCCCCUUCUAUAGCGUUCGCCGGGAAAGGGUGAGGUUCCCAAGUGCCGGAAAGCCCCUGGACUUGGCUCAUUUCUCAAGGAGGGCAGGACAGCACGGGUCCUUUCCAUUGAAACAUCAACAAAUUCUAACCCAAGCAAUCCCCGGACCUACCUGCCUCCAGGGAUCUCUGGAGAAAAAAAGUGACCCAUUGAUCAAAUCAGAUGAGAGGAAGCAGGAGGUCUCCCAGAGCCCAUUGAGGAAGAGGAACUUUCUCAGUAGGACACUUUAUAAGCCUGAGAAAGCUUUGAAAAGGCAGAAAGAAUUGAUUCAUUUCCCCCUCUAAAGGAAUCUUUCCAGGUCUCCCUGGAAACUUCGCCCCUGGAGAUGUUUAACAAGGAGAACUGGUGAGGAAACAGCUCCUUUUACUGUAGGGAAAAGCCCCAAACUGGCCUCCUGGGGGAUGAGGGCUGGAAUGAUCCCCAAGGCCUUUUAAUUAGUGUGAAAUCCUGUUGUACUCAGAAACCCUUUCCCGAAUUUACAGCACAGGCAAGAUGAGGCAGUUUACUUCGCUGAGAUCCACAGUUGGGCUGUUCUGGAAACACAUCUGUGAAUCGUAGCCAAUUGCCACAGAGAAAACAGAACCAAGCCUCCGGUCAGACGACUCCACCCCAGAGAAGCCUGCAGAAUUCCAAGGACUCGGAUUAGAUAUUCAGAAUUCAGCAACUGGCAAGUCCUUAAAAACAAACAGGCCAAACCAAAUCAAUAUUGUUGUUUCUAGAUGUCCCUUAUGUGGUUGAGUUAGUUUUACAGAGAUAAAUAUAUGAAGGCACCGAGGUAGGGUGUUACAUGAUCAAUUACAGCCAUUUGAAAGAGAGGGAGGAGUUGCAGAAGGAAGGUGCUUCUGGGUACUUAAUUCAGAAAUAUCUUUAUAUUUCAGUACUGGAUUAUCAUAUAAGGCAAGUUACUUUGGACUAAGAGUUAUGGUGUCUUAUGACCAGAUUUAGUAUAGUAUAUCAAAGUAACAGUAAUAUUAAUAUGACUUUUCAAUUUUAUUUUUUCAAAAGAGGUCUUUCUCCAGAUGCUUCAGCCCAUCUGGACUUCUUAUCAUAUGGGCAGGACGUCAUGUCUCAGCAACAGAGUGGUGAGGUCCUUAGGUGUCCUACGAACAACUCAGGGAGCACCAGAGGGUCUGCAGUUGGGGCCCCACACUACACAGCUAUAGGGUAGGAGGUUUCCUUGUCAUUGGUCCUGAAUGAAUACGAAUCUCUCAGAAAGAAUUUUGGUGGCACGGACGGGGAUGUAUUUGUGUUAAGAUCUUAUUUUAUUUUGUAUUUAUUUAUCUCCUUUGAGUUGCACAGCACUAUUGGGGGUGGGGGGAACAGGGUAGUGGGAGGCGAAGGCAGAAGCAAGAGUCAGACUCAGAACGACUGAGUUGAAUUCACCAUCUAUUCAGUACUGCCUGUGUCUGAGGUUGGCCCAGAGAGAAGGUAUUGAGUAAGAUUUUAAUAACUAUAAAAAGUAAGCUGGAUAAGUAAGAUCAUGAUGGAUCCAGAGCAUAGUUUCUUCAACUCCUGAUAAAGAAAGUCAAAUGCUUGAUAAAUUCAGAGUCACCGAUGUGAGCAUGACUACAGACUUUUAAGCAAGAGGUAGAGUGGCCUGGCACCAAGCAAAUGAGCUGAAAUGUCGGAAACACAGUGCAUUAGCUUAUUUGCCCACACGAUCCCAAACUAGUUUUAGCUUGGGAUAUGAUUCUGUCCUCAGUGUUCUCUUCUCGUGUCCGUGGGGCCAGCAAAGUCUUGAUCUUAUCCAAAAAGGCCACACCAAGAGUGAGGUUUCCCAGGCUGCCUUUUCAGGCCCUUGUCAAAUGAAACAGCAGAAGCCUUUCUCCGUUCUGUGCCCCACGGCCAUUCCACAGGCAGACAAUACCAAGCGUCUUAGAACUGUCAUAAGAUAGAUCAUGCCUGGAAUAGAUCUUGGCUAUAUGAGAAUCCCAGAAAUCAAAAAGGCCUGGACAAAUAGAACUAAGAGGGAGGCAGAGGCAGGAAGGUGGCAGGGGGGCUAUCUAGGAAAGAGUUCAGCAUCACCGUGAGAGUCUAUGUCUAAAAUUAAACGACCAGUAGAAGCAGCAGUUGGGUAUCCAGUAGGUAUUUCAGUGACUUAUCUCAAUUUCCACCUGGCCAGGGGCCAUCUCAACUGCACAAUCAAUCAAGAUGCUGGUGUCAGCCUCCUUGGAAACAGGAAACGUUAACUGAUGGUUAAAACUAAGUUCAAUGAUUCCCAAGAGAUCACUUUCUUAAUAUUUUCAUAUGACAUUAAAGAGAAUCUUAAGAAAGCAUCAGAGAAAGACGUGUGCAUGUGAAGCACCCUGAUUCUGAUGUUAGGAGAACUCAAGUGAACAGGACCUGUUGCAUACAGCCCCACUGUCUUCUAUCCAUUGCUCUUUAUCAUUCAAACCAAGCAACGUGUGCCCUCCUCCUCGUCAAAAUACAUUCUUCUCCUUUGUCGGUAUGCUUCUCCCAGCUUAGUGUCAGGCUACUUGCAACUCAUAAUUAUGUAUGAUCCAAAGUGUGUAUAAUUUCAUUUAACGUUAUUUAAAGAAAUAUGUCUGAUUCCCUUCUUGCAACCAAAAAUAAAGAAAAUACUUUGCCUCGAUAUAAGGUUUGGGCUAUUCUGUGUUUCUAUAGAAGCAGUAUGGUUUUUGGUAAAAUAUACUUUCAAGGAUCCAGUCAUCUAAAGCAUUUUAUGUAGAGUUAGAGAUUUCAUAAUAUUGCCUAUACAUAUAUUUAAAAUGUAAAAUAUCCGGUUGGUGUUUGAAUUUGUCUUACUUUCCUAGCCACCUUGUUGGUUGUCUCAUCUUAUAAACUGGGGAGUUAACUAGCUUAACAAAAGAUGCUUAGCUUUUAUAAGAGAGCAAGCGUUUCAUUUUACAAAGACACUCCAAGUGAUGGUUACUUGAUUUUCUCGAGACCUUUAACUGUGGUGAUGAAAUAACAGGACUUGCUUUCAAGCCUUAAUAAAUGUAAAAUGCCUUUGAAUGAAGAUACAGCUGAGUGUUUUCCUCAUGAAUCUGAACCAAUUACAAAUUUGUGUUCCAGUUUUGAUUGGUAUUGACUGAUUCAAAUAAAGUUGGUUUAUUUUCAAAUAUUA